UUGUUAUUCCAGUUUGAUGUUAAUCUUAGUAAGCAAAUUAAAUCCUGUUCAAAAAGGUAAGAUAGGAAACAAUAUAGCCUUUCUUAAAAAAUUCUCGCUACAAAGAUUUUUGCUGUUUAUUUCUUUGUUUUUUUUUUGUGAUAGACCAUUGCUCAUAUCUUAAUUGCUAUCAAUAUGAAUAGUAUUUUUGGAUCAUCAUACUUCCAGGGCCACCUUAUCUGCAUAAAUGCAUGAUUGCUUACAAUAUAGAAAAAAAAACAAAAUUAAAAAAGCAUAUCCACGCACCUCUACAGGUCACACGGUAAAGUAUAAAAGUCAAAGUAUGCACAAGAAUGUAUUAACAUCUACUUUUGUGGUUGCAGGAUGUGACUCCAUGGCUUCAAUUUUGAGUUGUGCAUUCUAAGCUCUGUUUCUGUUGGAGUGAUAUGUGAGUCACUCGGCAGAUCUAACUCGAUGAUGUUUUGGGUGAAUUAUAUUUUCCACACGCUAGAAGGAUAGGCACAGGCUAUUAUUACAUAAUCUAAACGUUUACAUAUAGGCAAGUCGAUAUGGAUUUAAUCCGUUCACUGCACCCACAACGGAACAGUGCUCCUGACAGACGGGACUGGCACGAAUAGCAGGCGCCGGCGCCGGCGCGGCAAAGCGCGCCAUUCUUUCUAGUAGUUCAGGCGUGCAUCAGAUCCAAUGAUUCAAGUUUAGCAACGCUCGAUCGCGUUACUCCCUUUCCAUGACCAUGAGUAACAUAGUUGUGGGUUUGAUCCGUACAUUUCAGUGCUCUCGCUGUCAAGGAUCCCAUUGUUACUGAGCCCAGGAGAGCCCAUCAGAGCAAAGUUGCAAACUCGUUGGCCCAUUCUGACCUGAAAAGACUGGGCCGUGCCCUUGCGCCACUGCACUACGCGCUUCGCUUCCCUUCCAAUUCGGCUGCCCGCAAACCCCCCCCCCCCCCCCCCCCCCCUCAAAAUCUCCUCCGACUCCCCGCCGCCGACGAGCACCACCAUGGCGCUGGCACGGCGGCUGCUCCGCCUGCGCCCCCACCUCGCCACGCUCCCGCUCCCUCCCCCCAGCCCCCCGCGCCUCCUCCAGUCCCGCACCUACAUCUCCGACAUGCGCCGGUCCGCCCUCGUCGACCGCCUCCUCCGCUCCGUCCGCUCCGAGAUCUCCUUCCUCGACAACUCCGCGCCGCCACCAUCGCCUCCGGCCCCCGCGCCCUUCGCCGUCGAGGACUGCCCCGGCGAGCAGUGGGCCCGCCUGCGUCGCGUGUUCCCUGCGGCCGAGGGGGAGGAAGAGGAGGUCAGGGUGGACGCCACAUUGGUCGACGGCGCGCUGCCGCCCUCCCGCUCUGGCGCGGACACGGGCGGCCAGCCCAGGUUGCACAUCAGCGUCAAGGUCGAGGUCUCCAAGGCCGCGCGGCCAGGGGUGGCGCUCAACUUCGAGUGCUCCGCGUGGCCUGACGAGAUGGAGGUGCAGAGGGUCUUCCCCGUCCGCCGCGGCGGCCCUUCGCCGCUGCGGCAGUACGUCGGCCGCCAAUUCAGUUGCUGCUUCGGAUGUUUGGUAAUGGUCUUGCUAGUGAUAAAAAGGCGCUACGUGCUUGUUAUUGCUGAAAUUGAGGAUGGUGUGAAUUGUGAUCAACUGAUCAUUCGUGAGGUUAAGUACUUGGGCACGGGGAAAUUGAGUUAGAUGAGGAGAUGCAAAGUGCGGUGCGAGAUUACUUGGAGCAAAGAGGAGUGAACGAUGAGCUUGCAGCGUUCCUGCAUGCGUACAUGGAAAACAAGGAACAUAGUGAACUUAUAAGAUGGUUGAAGAACGUUGAACU